AUGGCCGAUAUGUUACCCCUAGCCACUUACAGUAUUAAUGUUGAACCAUACGAUCCAACUCCAGCCAUCGGUCUAGAUAUGCCGGUCACUAUCCGUUUGACAAUGGCCGCUAUUGACCCAGAACCUUUUGAUGAUGAAAAAAAGCCAUCCACUUUGAGAUUGAUCAAGAGAAACCCAGACUACGAUUUGUAUGACUACGACGACGAUGAAGAAGAAGAAGACGAUGAAGAAGAAGAAGAAGAAGAAGAAAAGCCAAAGUCUAAGAAGGGUAAGAAGCAUGACCACAAACAUGACCACGAUCAUGACCAUGACGAUGAAGAGGGUGAAGAAGAAGAAAUUGAUGAUGAAUUUGAAGAAUGUGUCCUUGCAACUCUUUCCCCAGAAACUGGUUUCCAACAAACUUUGGAUAUCACUAUUGCUCCAGAAGAAGAUAUACAAUUUGUUGUCACUGGUUCAUACACCGUUUCUUUAUCUGGUAACUAUGUUAAGCAUCCAUUUGACACUCCAAUUGAAGGUCUAGAUUCUGAUGAAGAAGACGAAGAAGACUAUGAUGAUGAAGACAACCUAGAUGAUCUAAUUGACGAUGAAGAUGAAGAAAUUGAAGAUCUAGAUGAUGAACAACUAAGUGAUGAACUUGAUGACUUAGAAGAUGCUAGCGACAUCGAAGGUCGUAUUGAAGAAUUAGUCGCUGAAGAACAAGAAAAGAAGGGUAAGAACAAGAAGCAAAACAAGAGAAAGCAAGAAAAAUCUGAAGAAGAAGAAGAGGAAGAAGAAGAAGAAGAAAAGCCUGCUAAGAAGGCUAAGAAAUCUAAAAAGGUCGAAUUCAAGAAGGAUUUAGAAGAAGGUCCAACCAAGAAGAAGCAAGAAACAAAACCUAAGGCUAAGACUCUAGCUGGUGGUAUCGUUGUUGAAGACCGUGUGUCUGGUAAAGGUCCUCUAGCUAAGAAGGGUUCCAGAAUCGGUAUGAGAUACAUUGGUAAGUUAAAGAACGGUAAGGUCUUUGACAAGAACACAAGCGGUAAGCCAUUUGCUUUCAAAUUGGGUCAAGGUGAAGUCAUUAAAGGUUGGGAUAUUGGUGUUGCCGGUAUGGCUGUUGGUGGUGAACGUAGAAUUGUUAUUCCAGCUCCAUAUGCUUACGGUAAGCAAGCUCUACCUGGUAUCCCAGCCAAUUCUGAAUUGACUUUCGAUGUUAAGCUUGUCUCCAUGAAAUAA